GUGGUCGAUCUUGCCGUCUUCUUACGCUUAUUAGUUAUUAGUGCUUUUAGCUGAUUCAGCAAGUCUUUACCAGAUCAACAAAAAGUCAUGUCUUCAUCUUCAGUAGUUAGCAGUGAUGCUGGCAGCUAUCCUAGCAGGGAUCCAAACUCCAUGUCACUUGAUUACUACAACAGUUUUUCAUCUUCAAGCCAUUCUUCUCAUCAUCGUGUGAUAAGCCGCUCAUCCCAUUCCCCACGUUCAUCUUUCUCUCCUCUGUCUUCUUCUGUACGCAUUAACAAUCCCACUACACUAUCUGCGAAGAAUCCUUCAGACUCUAUCAUUCUAAAUGAAGCUCGAGGUUCCCAUAACUCUUCAUCUUCUCUUCAAGUCUCCUCCUCCUCCUCUUACGAUAGACACCCUCAUCCUCGUACCUUUCCCAUCUCCCCUACGGGUCGUCAUAGUGACAGGAGGCCACACCCUCCAGACGAGCUCCAAACCAUGAUACAGACGGCAAGUAGUUGCUAUCAUGCGUUGGAUUACAAUCAAAUGAUAUUCGUCUUACAGUCCGUGAAACUCACUCCAGAUCUGGAACCGAUUGAGGCCAUGGCGGUCAGCUUUGGUUUGGGUUUGGGGUAUUUCAAGCUCUCGUCCUACGAGACCUCAAUGCUUCACUUUUUAAAGAUGGAGACGCUAGCAAAAGAAGAGGAGGGGAAAGCAGGAGAGACUUCUAACUUGGCACUAGUUAGCUAUUAUCUUGCCGAGUUGGAAUACAGUCAGAAUAAGUUUCUCUCGGCUGCUGGUUAUUUUGAAAUAUCCGCCAAAUCAUAUGUUACCAAAGGAGCAGACGUGGGCGCCACUUUAUACAAUGUCCACAUUCCCUCCCUCUCAUCUCUCUAUUGUAAGUGUGGGACGGCACUCCGCUACGGGUCAAAGGUUAUGGAAGCCAUUAAAGCUUUCCGCAAGGGAGUGGAUCUGGCGAACUCCUCUUGUGACUGGGAAGACAAACUAUCCGCCCACACGAGCUUAGGAAACCUCUAUCAGAGUCUCGGAGAAUUCAGUAAAGCCGUUAAUGAGUAUCAGGAAACUCUGAAACUCUCGGAUAAAUUAGAAGACUAUGUCUCGCUAGGUUGGGCUCAUGGUAAUGUUGGCAAUGCAUAUCUUGGACUGGGAAAUAUAGAUAAAGCACUUGGUCAUUUGAGAACUGCUCUUGAGCUUACUUUAGAGCAUGAGCCAGUCCCUCAGGCUAUUGGGAGAGCUUAUAAUAACUUGGGGACUGCCUAUCAGUCAGCAAACUGCUAUGAUAAAGCAAGGGAAUAUUAUGAACUAGGACUUAAUCAGGCAAUUUAUGGGAAUGAUCUGCCAGGACAAGCAAGGGUAUAUGGUAAUCUUGGUAAUCUCCUUAUGCUUGAGAACAAAUACUCUGAAGCUAUAGUUCAUUACACAGAGACACUGACCAUCAGUAAAGACAGGGCAACACACGUCACUGCAUACCACAACAGAGGGUGUGCCAGAUUCGAAAGAGCAGAAGAAGAAAGACAGAAAUACCUAAGAGAUGGUGUAGGUAAUGCAGAGCUUACUACUGGAAAGAAAUCAAAUUUAAUAUUCAUUGGAGCUGACGUGAAAGACUCAGAAGAAGAACACAAGUUUGUUAUGUUGCCUGAUUCCCUAAUCAAGCAUUAUCGGGACUCCCAGUCCGACCUAGAGAGAGUUGUGAAGCAUCACGAGCAGACCUUCAGAGACAUCAAAGGAUCUCAAAGAGGACUGAGUCUCUCUGUCUCUCUCUUUGAGACAAACGUCCGUACGUUCCAAAGACUACAAGACUGCUCGUUCUAUCUCGACCAAUGGAAGCAGGCCCUAGUGUGUGCAGAGCAGUGCCGCUCACGUACUCUAGGAGAGCUACUCUUAGGCAAGCACUCAAAUCAUCUCAAGUACUCAUUCCGUACUCCAUUGGACCUGCCUCAGAUUAUCAGUAUAGUCAAGGAUCAGAGCCUGCCAGUAGUGUAUAUGACUUACACUGGGUCUCGCAUACUCAUUUGGCUCCUCAUCCCAGUUGAGGACCAACCAAUGAGUGUUUCUAUUAAUCUCUCACAGGUCGCCCUAGAGCCAGAGCAGUUUGAUGGCAAGUCGUUUGAUCACUUGGUCAAACAGUCACUGGGUGAGACUCUCAUUGAUGAUAACUUCAAUAUGUAUGAUACGAUAGACUACGAAACUCACACAUUGCUCAAUGACCUUCACUCGCUCAUUGCCUCUCCUUUACUUCGGUUGCUCAAGUCUGUCGUCCUUCCGGAGCACUUCUCCUCGUUGCAAGACUUGAUCCUAAUAUGUGACAGUCACACUAAUCUCAUUCCUAUUGCUGCGCUUCAGGAUAGUAGCUCCAGACGUUUUCUUGGAGAUGACUUCCGUUUCCAUUCAAUGAGUUCUUUGCUAACAUUAGGAAUCAUGCAGCAGCUUCCAUCUCCACUUGUCACCCUCCCAUUGGACCCUAUCAAUACUUGUAUAGUUGGGAAUCCAUUCACUUCGCCUUUUCAGUAUCAAGGCAAUACCUGGAACCUUGGGCGAUUGCCUUAUGCCGAGGAAGAGGCUCAGCGUGUGGCGCACACUCUAGGAGCUGUGCCCCUCCUUGGUAAAGAGGCCAUGAAGAAUGUUGUCCUCUCUAAGAUUAAACACUCUAAGAUAGUUCAUCUUGCCACUCACGGGAAUGCCUCGUCUGGGUUUCUCAUUUUCUCAGGCUCCAGUCCCAUCUCAGUUGCAACAGACCCAGAGUUUGCAAAGUCCGUCCUUCUGGUUACACAGGAUAUUGAGACCCUCACCAUCCCUGCAGCUCUAGUGGUACUGAGUAGCUGUGAUAGUGGCCGUGGUAUUGUAAAGAUGGACGGCAUACAAGGAAUAGCCCGGUCCUUUUUGCUAGCAGGUGCUCAGUCUGUCCUUACGUCUCUAUGGAGAGUCCCUGAUGAGUCUGCCGCGUUCUUUAUGCAUUUCUUUUAUCAGUAUUUGGUCGAUGGUCUGCCUAGCUUUAGAGCGCUACAGAAGGCGUGUCACAGCAUUCGUUGCUAUGCUAAGUACAGCGGGUACAUACACUGGUCUGGCUAUCAGCUGCAAGGGAGGGAGAUUCAGUUUGAGAAGAAUACGUCUGCCCAAGAGAAGAGGAAUGAGCUACAAAAGAGGAUCGGAGAUCCUAGCUCUUUCCCUCAAUUGAAUGAGCUGUUAAAGAUUAAGCAGAGCCUUUUGGUUGAUUCUAAUUAUGUCCCAAGGAUAUCAGAGAGUAUUGGUUUUGAUAAUAAUAAAAAGAGAGAGCUAAAGCUACAGAAAGCACUAUUAUAUCCGCAAAGAGCUGAUGUUCAAUUGCUGGUAGGUACUUUAGGAUCAUGUCCUCAGGAAGUAGCAAAGGAUUAUAUUUUCAGUACCCAUUCCUUAUACAAAGGUGGAAUAUACUGGAUACCUGGUCAUUCACCUGAUCUCACUACUGCAGCUCUCCAACAUAUUGAAGAGUCUGUUUGCCCCGGAAGAUCCCUUGAAGAUUUCUUUGACACUCAAACGGAGCAGAUACUGCUAGUCUUGGACUCGUUCCAUUCCCUCCCUCUUAUCCAGAGACCCCUCAAGAAGCUCAUGCUCACCACCAAAUGCAAUGUCCACAUACUCCUAACUACCAGCCUCUCCUCCACUCCAGAGACACUAGGAGAGCAGUGUCAUUACAGCCUCACUCGUGGAUAUCAGACUCACAGUAUCAAACCAGUUCACUGCCUCUCUGCCUCUCAGAGACUCAUUUAUAAUGUAGUGAGCCAGUUUGAUCUUGCUCCUAUGAAUGAUGAGCAAAAGAUAUUUAAUCUCAUGGAGGAAUUAGCCUGUGGGCAGCCGCCACUGAUUAAUAUCACUAAUUCCCUGUUAACUGAUUCCAUUAGGAUGUCAUCUUCUUCGAUCUCUGAGACUUUAAAGAAGUUUAAUCAAGAGGUUAUUAUUAAGACUUUUAAUGAGAUUGCAGCUGCAAGAUUCAGAGAAGAAAAGGCCGAUCCAGACGCUAAGCAAAAGUCAUUGGAUGAAAUUCGAGCUCUUUCCUUAAGAAUAGGAGGAUUUGGCUCACUGAAGAAAUCCAGUGAUGUGACAGAGUCGCAUGUCUCUGAUACCAUUCACAAAACGGCCAUCAUUUAUGCUCACGAGUUAAUAGGCUUUGCUAAAUUGGAUCCAUUGGAGCACCUUAUCCUUUGCUGCUUAUGCUUCCUCUACUGCACUCCAGUGCAUAGCUCUAUCAUUGAUGGACUCAAGGAAAAAAUCAAUGAAAUUUAUCAAGACUUGCCGGAAGGAGAAUAUAUUGAAAAGGCUGCAUGUACUUGGAACAAUCUAGUUAAGUUUAAUUUCAUAGUCCACUACCCUCACCCUGUCGUUCAGGCCCCACACCAAGAAACCUGUACAGAAGAUGACAUUUAUUAUAUUGUGCCUCCAGUUGUUUGCGAGGCUGUCCAGCUAUCACUGGAUGAGAGUGAUAAGAUUGUAGUCUCUUCCUUGCUCCAUUAUGUACUCGUUAGUUUAGGAAAUGAAUUUGAGGACAAGUAUAGAAUAAUUAAUGAUGAAGAAGAGAAAGGAUCUCUAAGCCUAGACAAUAAUGAAGAGAAGAAAUCUAACCCAAUGUUUAGAUUGCCAUCUCCAGUUCCUACCAGUUCAAAUUAUUUGCUCUUGCAUUGUAUUGCACUGCACGGUUUCUUGUUAAAAGUGAUAUCUGACGAUUUCAAGCUGUAUGGUAGAGACGUCAUAACAACUGUUGCGAAGGACUACAUCAAAGAAAAGCUUAGAGUACGAAGAGAAGAUGCAUUUGCAGAAUUGGUCAUGGAUAUGAUUUUGUAAAAUAAAACAUAAAAUUAAUGUAUUAUAAAUUUUAAUUUUGACUUUUUAAAGGAAAAUAAUUCAGAUCUAA